UCAUUUUCUAUAUAAACCUCUUUUCUCGUCUCUAGUUUCCUCAUCCACACUUGCUUUGCCAUUCCUCCCCUAUCAUCAAACUCCAAAAUGUCUUCCCUUGGUCCAAUUUUUACCAUACUCAUGGCAAUUGCUUGUAUGUCAAGCACCCUAGUCGUGGCUCAAAACUGUGGCUGUGCCUCUAAUUUAUGUUGUAGCAAAUUUGGUUUCUGCGGCACCACAGACGCCUACUGCGGCGAUGGGUGCCAACAAGGUCCUUGUCGUUCUAAACCCACACCGUCAACCCCCUCCACCCCGAGUGGUGGUGGUUCGGUCCCGAGUUUGGUGACCGAUCAGUUCUUUAAUGGGAUCAUUGGCCAAGCUGACGCUAACUGUGCUGGUAAGAGAUUCUACACCAGGUCUGCUUUCUUGAAUGCUCUCAAAUCCUAUCCUCAGUUUGGCACUGGAGGAUCCUCUGACGUUACUAAGCGUGAAGUUGCUGCAUUCUUUGCCCAUGUCACUCAUGAAACUGGACAUUUUUGCUACAUAGAGGAGAUUGCAAAAUCAACGUAUUGUCAGCCAAGCACUCAAUGGCCUUGCAACCCAAGUAAGCAAUACUACGGAAGAGGCCCUAUUCAGAUCUCAUGGAACUACAACUACGGACCAGCAGGCCGAAGCAUUGGAUUUGAUGGUUUGAAUGCACCAGAAACAGUUGCCAACGACCCUGUUAUCGCCUUUAAGACAGCCUUCUGGUUUUGGAUGAACAAUGUCCACUCUAUUAUCAUCUCUGGCCAAGGGUUCGGGCCCACCAUUCGAGCUAUCAAUGGAAUCGAAUGUAAUGGUGGUAACUCUGCUGCUGUUACUGCUCGUGUUGGGUACUACACUCAGUAUUGUCAACAGCUUGGCGUUUCACCAGGGAAUAACCUCCGUUGCUAAGUCAAUUGGCUGGUUUUAUGGUCAUAGUAUACAAGUCUUAGUCUAAUAAACUGAGUAGUAGUACUAAAUCUGCUCAGAGGCCUUAUUUUCGUACCCGUAAUGGAAAUAUAUGUAUAACUCUAUGUGUUCUAUAUGAAUAAUUAUCUACUUUCAAAUUUAUGACAUUUUAAUUGAUCA